CUUUUGGAGACGCACAGCGGAAAUCGAGAAUCGGGAUCAAUCGAGGACUCUCACACUCAACGGAAUCAAUCAAAGAUGAAGGUGUUCCUGGUACUCUGCGCCCUGGUGGCCUGUGUCUCGGCAGGCAUUGUCCGCAGCUCCUCCGGCUGGGGAUCGAGUCCUUGGGGUGGCAGCAGCAGUGGCUGGAAUAGCGGUUGGUCCUCCCAGCCGCAGGUGAUCAAGGUCAUCAAGAUUGGCGGAGGAGGUGGCUGGAGUGGUGGCAACUCAGGAUGGAGCAGUGGCAACUCUGGCUGGGGUGGCAACUCUGGCUGGGGUGGUAACUCUGGCUGGAGCAGUGGCAACUCCGGCUGGGGUGGUGGCAACUCUGGCUGGAGCAGUGGCAAUUCAGGAUGGAACAAUGGAUGGUCCAGUUCGGGAUCCAAUAGUGGCUGGUGGUGAAGCAUCCUGCCAGCGAGGGAAGAGAAUGACAAAACGCAGAAACUUGCCAUCUAAGGAAACCAAGUCCCAAUCCCUAAUCCCUUAUCCCUAACCCUAUAUCCUAUAUCCUCUCUGGUUCACACAAUCGAUGUUGUAAUAUAAAUAUACACCACAAUAUAUAUAGUUUAUAAAUA